AUGGGUAACGCAGGUUGCUGUUCCAGCAGUGAUGGGCGACCUGCCUACGAGGCCUUGUCCACAGUCGCGUCAAGCGUCACCGGACGUAAGAAAGCCCUGCUCGUUGGCCUCAACUACCGCAACACGCGUGCGGAGCUGCACGGGUGCAUCAACGAUGUGAACAACAUGCAGCAAGUCCUGGUAAAGCAGUACGGCUUCAAGAUUGAGGACAUCCUGAUGCUGAACGAGGAUCAGGACAAGACUCAAUGGCCUUACAAGAAGGUCAUCCUGGAGGGCAUGCAGUGGCUCUACAAGGAUGCAGGCAGCGGAGAUUUGUUGUUUUUCCACUACAGCGGUCACGGUUCACAGUAUUCGGUGGACAAGAAGGCUAUGCCAGCCGACUGCAUCUGCCCCCUGGACUGCCUUGACAAGGCGUGGCCAGAAGCAGUCAUCCUUGACACGGAGAUUCAUGACAAGCUCUACGAUCCGCUUCCAAAGGGUUGCAAGGCUGUCUGCGUCUUUGACUGCUGCCACUCUGCUACAGUGGCGAACCUUUGUGAGACGAUGGUCGUCAAGGAAGGGCCCCUCACUGCAGCCAAGAAAGAGAAACUGGUCAAAAGGCUGACCCGGCAAAGAGAUGACGUGGCUGCCAAGGUGCGCUUUUAUCGUGAGGUCAAUUCCGGCAAACUGGACAUCAAGAAGAAGAGCCGGGAAGAGAUGAUCCAGCUGCUGGAGAAGCUCGAGUACCCCAAGAGAGGGGCUUACUUCGAGGAUGAGCACGCGAACUACAAUUACCUGACGGGCUUGUCCAUCUCCACACUCUUCAAUGAGUCCGUGAAGAACGCUGAGGAUCUCUUGGACACGAGAACGAAGGCACUUCAACAUGUACAAAGUUUGAAGCCCGGUGAAGGUGCCAAGAUCUAUGUGGGGAACCUCGAGCAGGAGGAGCAGACUGCCUUUUCCAAGAGCCAUUCCAACAAGGAUAUCCGCUUGCGGUACCUCCCGCAACCAGAGAUGGAGCAGGAUGAAGAUGCCGCACCGGCCAGGCCUCUCGGCCAGGGCCUGCGGGGUGCCCUCCAAAAGGCCAAGUACCAAGAUCAUGAGCUUUGGAUCUUCUCCGGCUGCCAGGACGAUCAAACAAGCGCUGACGCACAUGUGGAUGGAAUCUACCAAGGAGCCUUUACUUGGGCGCUGAUCAAGGCCUUGAAGACCGAUGGUUUCAUGGAGUGCUACAGCAACCUGUUGAUCCAGAUCAAGGCAAACUUGGAGAGUGGCAACUACAAGCAGGUCCCCGCACUGUCCACGACACACAAGAUGUACCUGGACUUCGGUUUCCUUGGCAGACUCAAGGAGGAUGCACCUUAG